AUGGCUUUGCAAGUAAUACAAGUUCAUCUGGUCACGAUCAUCAUCAGCAUCAUCUCCUUGGUAUUCUCAUUGAAGGAAACGAAAGCGUCCACAGCCAAGCCUGGUUGCCCAGAGACAUGUGGGAAUCUUGCCAUUGUUUAUCCAUUUGGUAUUGGAGAAGGUUGCUACCUUGACAAACGUUUUGAGAUCACAUGCAACAACUCCUCCAAUCCUCACCCUGUUCUCCGCCUCGACCAGAAAAAAGAAGCUGAAGUUUUGGAUAUGUCUCUGGAACAUGUGAGAAUCACAGAUUGGACUUCGCCUCUUUGUUAUGCCAAUAACGCAUUGGAAGGGAAAAGCUAUGCCCAGUUCACAUUAGCGCCCCCCAUGGAGCCUUUCAGUUAUUCCCACACUGAAAACAAGUUGAUAGGCAUUGGGUGUGACAUAUUUGCUUACAUUGGCGAUUUCCAUAGUACAAAUUCCAGCAUCAAAAACUUCAUCAGUGGAUGUGUCUCCGUCUGCAAUGGUCAAGGCUGGUCUUGGAUUGAUACUAGCUACUCCUGCUCUGGCAUUGGCUGCUGCCAGACUACUUUCCCUAAUGAUCUUCCCAAUUUUUAUGUACGGGUUGGUAACAUGAGCAUCUGGCAAGAGGCCAGGGACUGGUCCUCCAAUCAAUGUGGCAUUGUCCUCAUUGCAGAGAAUAACUUCUCUGGAUUCCACCAAUUUGACAUCUCAUUCUCCAAUCAAAACAUGAAGUACUUUUAUCCUGCAGUGCUUAAAUGGGAAAUCGGGAACAAGUCCUGCCAUGAAACACAAAAGAGAGGAGAUUAUGCAUGUGGCCGCAACAGUCGUUGUGUUAAUUCCAAGAAAGGCAGUGGAUAUAGGUGUCUUUGCAAUCCAGGCUACCGUGGGAACCCCUAUCUUCCAGAUGGCUGCAUAGGUUUCUUCAGCAGCAGUACUCCCACUAGAAUUCCAAAGUAG